UCACGGUAGGUUGAACCGGCUGAGGUCCAUAGAAAUUUGACAGCUUCACAGGUGAGACAACCGUCCAGAGGCUGUUGCAGUUUACAUUCCAGUUUUUCCCCUGAGCACUGUUCACUGUUAGCCUGGGGUUGUCACUCUCAAAAAACAACCAUUCGAAGUCAAACCAUUCCGGCAGCAUGAGCAAAAAGAAAAAGGACUGGAAGACUGAAAAAGAGAGACUGCUCCGUCUAGAUCGAGAGGAGAGACGCAAGGAGUAUCGUCGUCAAGAUUUUAUAUCUUUGGACAAGAUCCCAGCCUGGAGGGAGGAAACUAGACCCAAUGACAAAGAGGAGGUGAAGGAGCUGACAGAUGGAGGAGGCCCAAUAAAUAAAGUAUCUCUCUACAAAGGAGAUAUUACCGUCUUGGAGGUGGAUGCCAUAGUCAAUGCUGUUUGGCUGUAUUGUUUGGGUCUGUUAUUGACAACUAUCGCUCCAGGGAGUUGCAGGGUUGAGAAGCUGACAAAUGGGACCCUGCAUAAGAAGAUAAUAAAACAUUACAUUCAAUGUCUUAACUGUUUCAAUUAACGCGUCUUUUGAAUA